AUGGAUCCCGAUGCCAGCAUACCGACCGAACCCGAGCCUUCGGUUUUCAGCUACGUGCUAUCAUUCCUUCUCGUCGGCGUAGCAUGGGGCUUCACGACCCCCUUUAUCCGGCGCGCCGCGGCAGACUUCAACGCCCGACAAGAGAAGCAAGCAAAUGAAUCGAACCGCGGACGAUCAAGAUCACGAUCCGAACGAGCCACAGAGAAUGGAUUCACAGACACCCCCGAGGAGCAGGAAUUGCUCUCCCAGAACGAACAGGACACGGAACCGGGACAGGAGGAUAGCGUGCGGGACCGAAGCAUCAGUCGGAGUGACGUGAAUCGCAAAUCCAAGACAGCGGGCACAGAGAAUGAUUUGGAGGGCGAAAGCUCGGCCCAGAGGACAGCUUCCAAUACCCGGAGGGCGGAUGAAGAGGACGACCUACCGAUGCCGGCUUGGAGGCGUGGGUCUGGAGCAAAGCAAUCUUGGCUGCGCGCGAAGGUGGUUUCGAUAUUUUGGACGGUUGUCAAUCUGCUACGGACGCCUGCCUAUGCUAUUCCAUUGGUCAUCAACCUCACUGGUAGCAUUUGGUUCUUUUUGCUCGUGGGAAAACACGAACUUUCCCUUACCGUUCCGCUGAUCAACUCGAGUGCUUUCCUUUUCACUGUUCUUGGUGAAUGGUAUGUUGAGCGCAAGGUGAUUGCGAAGCAGACGUGGUUGGGCAUGGGUCUGGUUCUGGGAGGAAUCGCAGUUUGUGUGCAUUCCAAGAACCAAGCUUCUUGA